AUGGGGGUGGUUCUUGCUGCUUCCUCCCUGGUCCUGGUGCUGCUCCUGCUCUUCUGCUCUUUUGGGCCUGCAAGCGGCCUCCUCUCCCCCAAGGGUGUAAACUAUGAAGUUCAAGCUCUCAUGAUAAUCAAGAACUACCUCAAGGAUCCUCAUGGUGUGCUAAAGAACUGGGACCAAGACUCUGUGGAUCCUUGCAGCUGGACCAUGGUCACUUGCUCUCCAGAGAAUCUUGUCACCGGCUUAGAAGCACCAAGCCAGAACCUUUCUGGCAUUCUCUCCCCAAGUAUAGGGAAUUUGACCAACCUUGAGACAGUUCUUCUGCAGAACAACAACAUAAACGGGUUAAUCCCAGCAGAGAUUGGCAAGCUAAGAAAGCUCAAAACGCUUGACCUGUCCAGCAACCACCUCUCUGGUGAAAUCCCAAGCUCUGUGGGCCACCUUAAAAGCCUUCAGUAUCUGAGGCUUAACAACAACACAUUGUCUGGCGCCUUCCCUUCAUCAUCAGCUAAUUUAUCACACCUUAUUUUCCUGGAUCUGUCCUACAAUAAUUUGAGUGGUCCAAUCCCAGGGUCCCUGACAAGGACUUUCAACAUUGUAGGGAAUCCACUGAUCUGUGCAGCAAUCAUGGAACAAGAUUGUUAUGGGUCUUUACCUAUGCCAAUGUCUUACGGCCUGAAUGACACACAGGGAACUCUGGUGCCUGUGAAAGCAAAGAGCCAUAAAGUUGCAAUUGCAUUUGGUGCUACAACUGGCUUCAUCAGCCUCGUUUUCCUUGCCGUUGGUUUGCUAUUCUGGUGGAGGUGUAGGCGAAACCGGAAGACUCUUUUCAACAUUGAUGACCAGCACAUAGAGAACGUCAACCUCGGAAAUAUGAAGCGGUUUCAAUUCAGAGAACUCCAGGCUGCAACAGAAAACUUCAGCAGCAAGAACAUAUUAGGAAAAGGCGGGUUUGGUAUCGUUUACCGGGGGCAGCUCCCAGAUGGAAGUCUUGUAGCCGUCAAGAGGCUCAAAGAUGGUAAUGCUGCAGGCGGGGAAGCACAGUUUCAGACUGAAGUCGAGAUGAUCAGCUUGGCAGUGCACAGGAACCUCCUGAGACUCUAUGGAUUCUGCAUGACCGCCAGUGAGAGGCUACUGGUCUAUCCAUACAUGUCGAAUGGGAGUGUCGCAUUGCGCCUGAAAGGGAAGCCACCACUGGACUGGAUCACCAGAAAGAGGAUAGCACUUGGUGCAGCACGAGGUCUACUGUACCUGCACGAGCAGUGUGAUCCCAAGAUCAUCCACAGAGACGUUAAGGCAGCAAACAUACUGCUAGAUGACUGUUGCGAAGCAAUUGUCGGGGACUUUGGGCUUGCAAAGCUCCUAGACCACCGUGAAUCACAUGUCACCACAGCUGUGCGGGGAACUGUCGGCCACAUCGCUCCUGAGUACCUCUCCACCGGCCAGUCAUCUGAGAAAACAGAUGUCUUUGGUUUUGGAAUCCUGCUGCUGGAGCUGAUCACUGGUCAGACGGCACUGGAGUUUGGGAAGUCAUCAAAUCAGAAGGGAGCCAUGUUAGACUGGGUGAAGAAGAUGCACCAAGAGAAGCAGCUGGACAUACUUGUCGACAAGGGCCUGGGGAGCAAAUAUGACCGCAUUGAGCUGGAGGAGAUGGUGCAAGUGGCACUGCUAUGUACUCAGUUCCUCCCUGGUCACAGGCCCAAAAUGUCAGAGGUGGUCAGGAUGCUGGAAGGCGAUGGGCUUGCAGAGCGGUGGGAGGCGUCACAACACACUGAGUCACACAAAUUCAAGGUGCCCGAGUUCUCCUUCAGCCGCUGCCACUCUGACCUGACGGAUGACUCGUCGCUGCUGGUGCAAGCAGUGGAACUUUCUGGGCCGAGAUGA